AUGUUUGAUAUCGGACCUGCUCCGAGUCGGAUCCGUCGGCAACGCAAAUUAGUCUGGGAAUUUCCGUUUUCGAACAUCGAACAAGCAUUAGUUACGACACCGUUCUGGAGUACAGGAGGCAGACCUUGCGUUGUGUACAGGAAGUUUGCUACUGACGACUAUUGGAGGGCCUGCGGAGCCUGCAGCGCUACGUCCAACUCGAAAUCCUCACAGUCGCAAAACAUGGCUGCCGACCUUCGAGAACCAUACGACGAACGCCUUGUCAUCAACGACGAGGAGGACGAUACAAGGCGCAGCGCAUGUGGGGGCUCUGACACCAGCGACGACUCCAUCUGCACUCCGACGCCCCUCCCUAAACUCCAGCUAUUUAUCGUCAUAUUCAUCCAAAUUUCUGAACCUGUCACCGCGACGGUCAUCUAUCCCUUCGUGAAUGAUCUUAUUCGAUCUCUUGGAGUGACUGGUGGCGACGAGAAGAGGACAGGGUACUACGUUGGUAUUGUCGAAUCGGUAUUCUAUGCCACUGAAGCACUCACAGUGAUGCAUUGGGGCCGGGCGUCGGACUCUAUCGGUAGGCGACCUAUCCUUCUCGGUGGAGUGGCGGGUCUUGCUCUGGCGAUGGUCGGAUUUGGGCUGAGUAGGCAGUAUUGGAUGCUCAUCUUCAGCCGGUGCAUGCAAGGUGUGUUUAAUGGCAACAUUGGGGUGAUGAAGAGUGUUAUGGGAGAGAUUACGGAUUCGACAAAUGCGGCGCAGGCCUUUUCCUUCCUCCCUAUCGCUUGGUCUAUUGGGUCCACUGUUGGCCCAUUCAUUGGAGGAGCGUUCGCCGACCCAGCUGAAAGAUGGCCCGGGGUAUUCGGGAAGAUGCAGUUCUUCCAGACAUAUCCCUAUUUUCUGCCCUGUUUCGUCGCUGCUUUGGUGCCUAUAUGCGCGUUCUUUUUCGCAUUCUUGGGAUUAAAAGAGACUCUGCCGCCAACUGAAACCACUCCAUGCUCUCCUAAUCUGAAGACAGACUUCGAUCGUGAGAGCUGCAGGGCACCAUUAAUUCAACAUGCUUCGCCGUCGUCAGCCGACACAAAUUAUGGGACCCUCAGGCACCCAAUCUCUAAUCAAAAUGCCACUCUAUCGCCACCUCCGUCCUUCACUUCGACCUCGAAGCCCUCUUUCCGUGACGUACUCAUCCCGCAGGUCCUUAUCCCUGUUAGCAAUUUCGCGUUUCUUGCUUUCCUCGACCAAUCGUUCCUUGUUCUCGUUCCGCUCAUUUAUUCAACACCACUGGGGCACGGCGGCCUUGACCUUCCUCCAUCUACCAUUGGCUCUAUUCUAGGGGGGUGGGGCGUGCUUAAUGGAUUCGUCCAAGUUUUCCUCUUCCCUCGGCUGAGGAAAUGGGUGGGACAUCGCAAUUUGUAUGUCUUGGGGAUUGUAGCAUUGGGGAUUGGACUUGGGAUGUUCCCGCUCUUGAACUGGCUUGCGAAACUGGAAGGGGACGGAGAGGGUAGCCUCGGUGUUUUGGUUUGGUGUGGGAUCGCUGUCCAGCUCGGCGUCUACAUGCUCACGUACAUGUCUUACGCCUGCAUGUUUAUGUACAUCUCCGCCUCUGCUCCUUCCCGCUUCCUGCUCGGAACGACAAACGGUCUCGCGCAACUGACCGCUUCCAGCGUGCGGGCCGCCGCUCCAACUACUGCCUCGUCUCUCUUUUCCCUUUCUCUUGAGCUGCGUGCUCUCGGGGGGCUGGCAGGCUUCCUUGGUGGGUAUUUGGUUUACUCAGUCUUCGUGUUUAUUCCUGCUGUGGCGGCGUUAUGGGGUUUUACGCUUCCUAGAGAUAUAUAA